CACUGUGUGCGGAAGAGCACAGCCUGCAUCAGAUGCUCUUGCAAAAGGAGCCCGGCAUAUCUUAGUGCAAUUCUCAUAUACCUGUAUAUUCAUGACGUCAAGCAGGCAGAAAAAUGCUACAACGAUUGCUCCCAGGUCGAUGCUUUUUUGGGCAAUGAUCAUGGCCGAUGUGCUAGUAAACUUCUUUCCGCAUACACAGAAGGUGAUAUUGAAGAAAUCAAACGACUUGCUCAGUCAAGCGCAGUUUCUCAUCUUGAUCACAUGGUCAUCAGACUCGCCAGGAAACUGCCUACAGGUGAUGUCAGUGGACUAAAGACAAAUGUGUCCAAAGAGCAAGAAGAAGAAUUGGAUGAAGAUGACCUCACAUAGCCUCAAGAGUGAUAUUGCUAUACAUACACUCUUUCACAAUGUGUUGAUCUUAGUGCAUUCUUAUACAUGGAAUUUUCAAGUGGGUUUUUUUCUAUGAAAAAGAGCUCAUCUUGUAAUGUAAAACCACAUUUCCUUCGCCUGUUUAGUAUUAGCUCCGUGUAUUAACACUCGA